UGAACUUAACUCGACUGUUGCUUAUGUUGCCAGAAGGGAUCUCGCUCUCCAUCCAUGGUUGUCCUCAGGAUAAGAAAUGUGCACAAAAGGAAAUAUGCACUCAUCUGCCUGUGCAUUGCUGGAUUCAUCAUGUACAGAUAUCUUGGCAUGUCGGAAAGGGGGAGGAGGAUGAGCCGAAAGGUCGGCUUGUGUGCCAACACGUCCCAGUUCACCCUCGAGGGAGAGCCCUUCCGCAUCAUUGGGGGAUCCAUCCACUAUUUCCGUGUGCCCAGGGCCUACUGGAGGGACCGCCUGAUGAAGAUGAAAGCCUGUGGGAUUAAUACCCUCACUACAUAUGUGCCGUGGAAUCUGCACCAGCCGGAAAGAGAGGUUUUUAGCUUCCAGACACAGCUGGAUUUACAAGCCUAUAUCAGUCUUGCAGCCGAGAUGGAACUGUGGGUGAUUUUGCGUCCAGGACCCUACAUUUCCUCUGAGCUGGAUCUAGGAGGACUGCCGAGCUGGCUCCUCCAAGACAGCAGCAUGAGACUGCGGACGACGCACCCAGGGUUCAUUCAGGCUGUCAACACUUUUUUUGACAAGCUGAUACCAAAACUGGUUCCAUUGCAGUUCAAGAAAGGAGGUCCAAUCAUUGCCGUGCAAGUGGAAAACGAGUAUGGCUCCUUUGCAAAGGAUCAGAGUUACAUGCUUUUCAUUAAAGAGGCUCUGCAAUCCAGAGGGAUCAGCGAACUGCUGCUCACAUCAGACAAGCACAAAACGUUAAAGUCUGGGGGUGUGGAUGGAGCCCUCAGGACAGUGAAGCUUCAGAAGCUAAAUCAGAGAAACAUCCAGGAGCUGACUGCUAUCCAGCCCAACAACCCCACCAUGGUGAUGGAUUACUGGACCGGCUGGUAUGAUAUCUGGGGAGAGCUCCACCAUGUGCUGCCCCCAGAGGAUAUGGUAUCCACUGUAAGGGAAAUUCUGAGGAGAGGCAUGUCUGUCAACUUGUACAUGUUCCACGGAGGAUCCAGUUUUGGCUUCAUGAGCGGAGCACUCGCCAAUCCCUCAUACAGAGCUUUAGUCCCCAGCUAUGAUUAUGACGCUCCUCUGUCUGAAUCUGGGGAAUACACUUCAAAGUACCAUCUUCUCAGGGAUUUACUUUCCCGAUACAAAAACACAGGAGGCUCUGACAGUCUCCCGGACAUGCCAGUCCUGCAUUACAGGGAGGCUUAUGAACCAGCCAUUAUGUACCAGCACCUUUCAUUAUGGGAUGCUUUAAGCUUCACAGAAGGACCAUUUAGGUCCGCCAAACCAGUAAACAUGGAAAAUCUACCCGUGAACAACAGAAAUGGACAGUCCUAUGGCUACACUCUGUAUGAGACUAUCAUCACGAGGGGAGGGCUGUUACAGUCAGGGGACAAUGUCAGAGACCGUGCCCUGGUGUUUGUAGACAGAAGCUACAUUGGCCUUUUCAAGCGCCAGAGUCUGGAGCUGGCGGUUCCUGAUGGUAAGGGACGUCGUACCUUGAGUUUAUUGGUGGAGAACUGUGGACGAGUUCACCAGGGAAGGGAGCUUGACAAGCAACGUAAAGGACUAGUGGGAGACAUUUUAUUAAACAAUAUCCCCUUGAGAGAUUUUACAAUAUACAGCCUGGAUAUGAAACCCAGCUUCCUUGAUAGUCUUUAUCAAGCACCCUGGAAAAGUCUUUCUGAAACACCCAGCUUCCCUGGAUUUUUCAUGGGCAGACUGUUUGCAUAUGGGUAUCCAAGUGACACGUUUGUGAAGCUGCCAGGCUGGGAGAAAGGUGUUGUGUUUAUCAAUGGGUUGAACCUUGGGCGCUACUGGUCCAUUGGCCCCCAGCAGACUCUCUACCUCCCAGGUCCUUUUCUCAAUAGUGGAAUCAAUCAGGUCAUUGUGUUUGAGGAACAAGAGGGAGACUUCAAGGUCCACUUUGAGGAUCAGGCUGAUCUUGGCAUGGCUGCUGACAUCCAGUGACCAACAUCACGUUACAAUUCCAAUGUUUGUGUUUAUGUGUGUAUGUAUGUAAAAUUUGCAUUUCUUUUGUAUUACUAGGUGUUUAUCAUAUCAGGAGGAAUUGAAAUACAGGGAAACAAUAAAUUCUGUCAAAUCCAAUAAAUUUCACCUACAUAUAUAUUGGGCGCUCAUUCGGGAUUCAUUUUGAAUAUGGCACAGUUUAGUCUGGUAGAUUUUAUAGCUAAUCCUACUUUAUAACAGCUUGAUGUACGAAGGAAAUAUGAUUUAUGUGCAGUUGCCUCACAUUUUGAAAUCUCUGUGUCUAAAUCCAUGAAAAGCGAAUUUAGAACUCUGGUGAAAUGGGCAUAUACAUAUAUGCACACACACACACACACACACACACACACAC